AUGCCUCGAGAUAGAAAGAGGUCUAUAACCCAGGAGGCUGCUAGGAUCGUAUUUCCUGUAUCCAUUAGCUCCUCUUUUUCGCUCCCUUCGCUGUCUCUUUCCCGCUCAAAGCCCACCCCGGUCCUCCCACCACUGGACACGACGAGAGCAAAUGCUCACCCUCUAGACAAUGGCGGUGCAACUUCUUCCUUCAUCACUCCUACUUCACAUCCCAAUGCUUUGGAACUAUCAGCAUCUCCUGCGCGUUCUGUAUCACCUUCCAAGCCACCGGCAUCUCCUGGCGCGUCUGUUCCGCUGCCGUCCAUUCGUUCUCUUCGAAGUCGUUUCUCCUUUACUACCCAAGAACCACCCAACUUGUCAGCCAUUCCAUUGCAAACUCCUACACAAAAGCGAGCCCCUCCCCGCCGCUUUCUUCCCUUUGGCAACUCGGGCUCCACUCAAUCCACAAAUUCCACUCCUUCAAUUCCUCGCAAGUCCUUGGGCGAUGUAUUCACUCUGGGAAGACCCAGUACCGGCUCUAGGCACGAUUCAACUAGUUCCCGUUCGGUAACACCGAGCAGCAAGAGCUCACGUAGCGCAGCGAGCAUGGGGACAAUGCGCGGCCAAUGGCUUCAUGGCUCGGGCUAUUCUAUGUUGGCACCUCAUCACCAGGCCGCCUCACCACGUCCGCUCUCCGAGGAUUUUGCCCUCGACGCCGAGCUCGGCUACGUGUUGGCCAUCGAAUCUGGCGAAGACACCAUACGCUGCCGUCCGGAUUUACCCCCGGCUGAACCCCCACCUCGGCUCCGCGACUCGAACCAGACAAUUCUCGAGUCUUCACGUGAAAAUCUUUCACAGAUGACCUUGAGCCCCCCAGUCGAAAUUCCUUCGCCAACACUUCCAACAUUUGUGCCACCUUCACAAGCUGCCACCGCCCAGUCUAGCGCCCUCAAUACAAAUGUGACUAAUCAGCUUGGCAACGUGUCCCGCCGCCGUCAAUCACCGGUGCCGCCUAUUUCCAUUCCUCCUCCUAAUGUGCCGGUUGAGUUCGAGGGUCUCAGUUCAGGAGUAAAAGCGCCAGCCACAAUACUUGAUUCAGAGGGAGAGGAUGAUCAUCUAGUACCUACAACUUUUCCUUUUACACCAGUUGACGAUCGUUCGGACGUAACUUCCAGCACCAAUAACACCCCUCACUCGGGAGAUCGAUCGCGCGUUCCUCCAAGUAUUCCUCCCCCCUUGCCAUCCCCAUCUCCACGUCCGGAAUCGUCCUCGAGGGGCGAGUUCCCUUCUCUGAAGACGCUUCCCCCGUUAAUGAGCCAUGUUCAGCGAUCUUCCAGUAGUGAGGCAAACUGGAGCAGCCGGAAAGUGGAGCCAUCCCAGAUCUCUAAUGCUGUUCCUGUUGAUACACUCAAUUAUGUUCAAGCUGUGCCCGAAUGUCCUACAGAAGGUCAGCCUCUUGAGUUGUCCCAAAGUAGCGUCUUGAAUGCAAAAACAAGGGAAAUGCCCAACCUUCUCGCAGCCGACCUGGGUUUUGGCAGCGGGCCUCUAAGGAACCCACCCCUUGGUCUAGCCGCAAAGCAAUCUGAUUCGGACCUUGAGACUAACAUUCCCGACAACGAAUUAUUGCCUUUCAAUUCCGAUUCUCGAACGGCCCAUAUUGACAAACACGCCCACCUCCUGUCAACUUUGGGCACCCUGGAUAAUUCAAGUUGUUCCGCCACUCCUUCAGUCCGAGGUGCUGAUCAAUUGGAUGCAAAUACGAUAACAAGUAAGAACACGCUGUCUCAAAAUUCGAUUCUGGGGCAGAAUCGACUAGGGGGCCUGGUUUUCCAAUCCGUUCAACCCGCUACUCCGCCGGUCCAGGAUCCGAAUCAAGGCGGUCAGUAUUUGGGCACAAUCGAAGAUGAUCUUGCCAAGUUAUUAUCCCCACAUCGAUUUACUCCUCCUAAGGAUAAGCUAAGCCACGAACAAGUUCAACUCCAGACCCCGGCAUCGGCGCAUGUACUACUGCCAUCUACUUCUUCGACUCCACAGCCAUCUCCGCUUCAUAGAGCUGGGACUCGAUUGCCGUUACCUGUGUCAACACCUUCGCCUUCGGUUCUUUCUACUCGCGUAAACGAUCUGCUGUCAGCGAAAUCACUCUUCAAUGUCCAACGUCCAAGCCCUACCGAACGGAACGCCGUGUCUUUGAAUGGGUCUCCCAUGCUUUCGCCCAGCAAGCUUUCGAGUUCAGGGUCUUGGGGAGCGGACCAAACGAGCUAUAGGGAAGCGGUGACCACACCUAAUAAUCCUGCUCGACUGCUUCCGCGGCGUUCCCCAUCGGUCGGUGCGGCGAUCACUCGUAAGCGAAGUGCGAGUUUCGAUUCAAGCGGCUCUCCUAAGAUAACCAAGGACACGAGCGACCCUUUUGCCUCCCAUGUGAUUGGGCCAAAAAGAACGGAUUGGUUAGGACCUAGGACGGCCAAGGCUUUUGCCGCAGCCGGAUUGAUCGAGAAGGACAGGGACAGGACUGGCCUCAACACUGGUUCCCGCUCUGAUACUCCUCAUCGUGGAGGGGCCCUCAACUCAUGGCGGACAUAUGGGGAGCGGUAUGGAGGGUUCGGCUCCAGUGCCGGUUCUGCACGUUCACAUUCCCGUUUGGGAUCCGAGAUUAUCUCUCCUUCACACCGAACUCGGUCUCUGGUCGGAGGGGAUUCGAGCCCAAGCUAUCGUCGUUCCAGUUUGGACCAUACCGCUCCCCCUUCUCCCGUGUCUACCCAUCGUACUCUGGUUUCCAGUGCAACAUCUUCUUCCCAGUCCCAGUCGGCGUUGCAGACUAUGCGCGAGCGGCAUGAGCUGGAAACCGAAGCAUUAUUGCUGGCCUUGGCGGGGAGUAAACGGACCGAGAGAGAUCUCCGAGCCGAGAACGAUGAAUUGAUGGCGUACAUUCUCCAACUCGAGCGACGAAUUGCUGUCUUGGAGACAGAAAAGGAACAGGCCGAACGUUCUCAGAGUCGGGCACGGGAUUACAGAUGGAACACACCUCCUCCGUCUGACGUUGAAGCUCUGGAUAGGCGAAGACAGGAAAUUCUCGCCGGACGCGUAUCCACAAGGGCCUGGAGCAGCUCCAACACCUCAACGAUAUCAGGCGGUCGUUCUCCGCUGUACGGUCGACCCCCUCUAUCCGCCGGUCUCCCGAGAUCUGCAUCUGCUGCCUCCGUACGGAAGAGUGCUGGGCCUGAACCCGACAGAAUUUCUCCCUCUAAACCAUCUCAACCUUGGGAUAUGGCUGAUUCACGGACAUCACCUCGUAGCCAAUCUACGCUUGCGAACGUAUCUACUCCGACCAGGAACACCAUCAACCACUCGGCUGCGGACAUUUCUGUCUCAGCGCGCAAUGAUUUUGACGAUUGGAAUGACUCCUCCUUCAGCCAGCCGCUUGAAUCAAGCCCCAAAAGAGCGGCUCGUAGCCGGUUGUCGGGUGGUUCAGUGGUGUCACUGGUCCCUCAAGUACCUGGAAACAUGAGCAUGCUUGUGCACGAGCGACCAGGAGGCGAGUUUGGCGAUGAUGAAGUUUCUUUCAGGAGCGCAUCUCCCUUGUCAAUUACUCUCAUUCAUCCUCGAAGCAACACCCCCAAGGCCACUCCCGCAAAUAUUAGUCCCAUAACUGCCGACUUUUCGUUCAACUCGAUACCUGGCUCGCCUCGAAGUUUGCGCCUAGGCCCCGAUGAGGAAAUGCAUUUGGCCGACUUGAUUAGUCUUCAAGGCUUGGAAAUUACAGAUGCUAUUACCAAUCUUGAUGGUUGA